AUGUGUCCCGCUCAUGACAUGGAGUCGCUGGAGAUGGAUUCGCUUCCUUCAGUUCUGCAAGGUGCCAGUUCUAGCGAUGUUGGUGCUACUAACGGUGUUGUGUACAACCACCGGGACGGUUACCAGUACAAGAAAGGUGAGAGCUCGGAGAUCGACGACUAUCUUUCCCGUCAAUUGACCGCGAAAAUGGAGGAGGAGUCUGAUUCUGAGUCUGAAGACACUGAUGUGCCAGAUAGCCACAACAAGAUGGACGAUGAGAAGCUGCUAUACCAGUUUGACGAUAUCGACGAUUUCCCAGAGGGCGGGUUCAAGGCCUGGACAAACGUUCUCGGCUGUUUCCUGGGGCUGACCGCUUGCUUCGGUACUCUGAACGCUACGGGUGUUAUCGAAGACCACAUACAGAAGUACCAAUUGAGUGAUGUCAAGACAUCUACCAUUGGUUGGAUCUUCUCCUUGUUCCUGUUUAUCAACUACAGUUGCUGCAUCUUCUCAGGCACUUAUUUUGACCGUAAUGGUUACAGAGACCCCGUCAUCUUGGGUACCGUGCUACACGUUGCUGGUUUGAUCGCUACUGCUAAUUGCACCAAAGUGUGGCAUUUCAUCCUAGCAUUCUCCAUUGUAUGUGGAUUUGGCAACGGUAUACUAAUCGCACCACUUGUAGCCGUUCCCGCUCACUACUUCUGCAGAAGACGCGGUACCGCUGUGGCUUGUGCUACCAUUGGAGGUUCUAUCGGUGGUGUUAUAUUCCCCAUCAUCGUUAGAAAAUUCUACGCUCUUAAAUCUGACACUGACCCCAAUUUCGGUUAUGCUUGGGGAAUGAGAACUUGGGCUUUAAUAGAUCUGUUCUUGCUAUCCCUGUCCUUACUUUUAGCCAAGGAGAGAUUACCACACGUAGUCGAACCUGAAAAGUACCAAAAUGAAUCAAAAUUCCAACGUAUUAUGAGAGUCUAUAUUAGACAAAGCUGUGACUUAAAAGGCUUUUUGGACAUGAAAUACCUAUUCUGUGUUUCCGGGACUGUUCUGGGUGAAAUAUGCUUAUGCUCAACUAUCACGUAUUUUGCUUCGUACAGUACAGCACAUGGGCUUUCCGAGUCUGAUGCAUAUAUGUUUAUCAUGGUCAUUAAUGCUUUGGGCAUCCCGGGAAGGUGGUUACCUGGCUAUUUCAGCGAUUGGAUCGGAAGAUUCAAUAUCGCCAUUAUUACUAUUUUCUCACUGAGUAUUGUUAUCCUAGUAGGAUGGCUGCCAUUUGGUAACACCUUGGCUAACAUGUAUGUAAUCAGUGCUUUGUAUGGUUUUUUCUCUGGUAGUAUUUUAUCUUUGCUACCUGUCUGUUGUGGUCAAAUUUCAAAGACGGAAGAAUUUGGUAAGCGCUAUUCUACAAUGUACCUGGGAGUCGCUUUCGGUAAUCUGAUUUUUAUCCCCGUCACUGGUGCAAUUAUUGGAAAUGAGUCUUUAACUGGCUACCGUAACUUUGUUAUUUUCUGUGGUGUAGCAAGUAUUUUAUCCGCACUAUGUUUUAUUAUCUCUCGUCAUUUCUGUGUUGGUUUCAGGUUUGUCAAGUUCUGA